AUGCUGGCGUUCAUGUCUGAGUUGAAGGAGAGCGGCCUAUUGGACGAGCAGGGAGGGAACACACGGGACGAGACGGAGCGUGCGAGAGAAGAGGAGGGUGCUGAGGGGAGUGCGGGAGAGGAGGAGAGGGCCGAGGGGGAUGUGCCGAAAGGGGAGGCUGGGAGCGAAAAGGAGGAGGUGGGGAGCAGGGAGGGGGAAAAUAGUAAAGAGGAGAAGACGAUAGAUGGUGAAGGGAGGUUUGAAGAGGAGGGAGAGGGAGGUCGAGGUGGGAGUGGGGGGGCAGCAGAGGCAAAGAGCAAAGCUGACCGGCAGAGUGAUGCUUGGGAAAGCCGUGAGAAGCAGGAGGGGAAGGAGAAGGGCGGGGAGGUGCAGGAGGGAGAGGGAGAGGAAAGCACAGGGGAGGCAGGCAGGGAAGGAGUAGAUGGUGAGAGUGCGCAUGGAGCUGGUAGCUCUGUUGUGCCUUCCCGUGGCGGUGCUGCUGCUAGCGUGUGGCAGGCUGUGUUGGAGCCGGAGAGUGGCGAGUACUACUACUGGAACACCGUCACUGGGGAAACCUCCUGGUCAGCUCCGGACGAGGUUGUGCCAAUUGAGGGUGCUGGGACUGCGGAGUGUGCGGAAGAGCAUGCGGGGAUGGACGAGGAGGGCAGUGACGGUUUGCAUGCAGGUGAGGCCGUGGAUGCUGCUGUUCCUCGCUCUGUUCUUGAGGGCUCAAGGGAGCAAUCAGAGGGACAAGUAGCUGAGCGCCACCUAGCAGGAGGUGCUGCUGACGUGGUGAGCGCCGUUGCCAUGGCCGCAAUGCUGCAGUCCUUGCAGGAGCAGGUCGACUCAGCAGAGGCUGAGCUGGCAGCAACAGCUGCUGACGUGGCGGAUAAGAUGGGUGACGCGGUAUCCAGGCUGGAGUCCGUGCAGCAGCAGCUGACAGCCAUCGAAUCCAGGCUUCCUGCUCCUCCCCUCACCUCUAACACUUCACCCUCUCUUCCUUCCUUCCCACUGUCCUCCUCACUCUCCGCUUCUCUCACUGCCCUCUCCUGCUCUCUCACUCGCCUGCAGCUAGAGGCCUCCAUCCGCCUGUCAGAUCUCUCUUCCAUCUCCCACCGAUUUGCACAGGCGUCUGCAGCAGCAGCUGUAGCAACUGCUGUAGCGCCCCCCACCACUGCAGCUGCUGCCCCUAGAGCCUCUGCGGCUGAGGCACCCCUUUCUGCUCCAGCUGUAGCUCCGUUAUCCUCUGCUGGGUUGCCAGAACAUGUCGUGGUACAGCCGUGGCAGGAGCUGCAGCAGCGGCUGCUACAGGUGCACGUACAGCAGGGCUUGCAGACAGGGCUGCUGGUGGUUGUGGGGCGCUGCUUGGAGCAGGUGGGGCGAGUGGAGGGAGAGAGUGAGGAGGUGCAGGGGAGAGUGGAGAGAGUGGGGGAGCAGUGGGAGGAGGAGAAGCGACGGUGGGAAGAGAAGCGACGGCAAGAAGAUGAGGAAAAGCAACGGCAGGAGGAAGAGGAGGAAAGAAAAGCGCGGGAGGUAAAGGAGAAAAAGGAACGAUCGGAAGAGGAGGAGCGACAGGUGAGAGAAGAGGAGAGGUUGAGACAGGAGGAAAGGCAAAGACGGGAAGAAGAGGAGGAGAGGAAUGAGCAGGUGAGGCGGGAGGUUGCAGAGAAGGUGAGAGAAACAGGGAACCAGAACCAGGAGGAACGGGGAGGGGUGGAGAGGGGUUCUGGUGCGGCCUGGAAGGGUAUGGAGCAGUACUCAGCAUCAGAGAGUGGGGAGAUUUCUCCAGAGGGAGAGGAGGAAGGAGAGGAGGAAGUGGAGGGAAGAGCAGGAAAGCAGGCUGUGGGUGGUGGUGGAGACGAGGAUAUGGAUGUGGAGAUGGAGUUGGUUGGGGUGGAGGGAGCAGCAGGAGUGCGUGUGGCACAAGGGGCAGGAGGGGGAGUGGAGGCAGCACAAGGGGUAGGCCAUGGAGGGGCAGGGUAUGGAGGGGCAGGGUAUGGAGGGGCAGGGUAUGGAGGGGCAGGGUAUGGAGGGGCAGGCAUACUCUGCUGCCCUCACUGCUCCUACAUUCGCCCCUGCUGCUACAGCCACUACUGCUGCUACAGCCACUAG